AGUGUGUUGUGUCGUUGUGCACCUCAGAUACUAACAUGCGGAUGUUUUUGGUGCUAGCAUGCGUAAGCGCAGCGGUGGCGGUGGCUGUACCAGUUGAGUACGGCGGGUACUACGGGCAUGCGCCGGUCGCGGUACACGCCGCCCCGGUGGUACAUGCCGCCCCUGUGAUCCAUGCAGCGCCAGUGGUACACGCUGCCCCAUUGGUACAUGCUGUGCAAGCUGAGCCUAUUUCUUAUCCAAAGUACGCGUUCAACUACGGAGUGAAGGACCCGCACACCGGUGAUAUAAAGUCACAGCAAGAAGAGCGUGACGGAGACGUCGUUAAAGGAAGCUACUCACUAGUGGAGCCCGACGGUUCUACUCGAACGGUUGCGUACUCCGCUGACGACCACACCGGUUUCAACGCCGUCGUGCACAAGUCCGGACACGCUGUCCAUCCGCAACAAGUGGCAGUAGCACAUGCGGCUCCUAUCCACUACGCGGCUGCACCCAUCGCAGUGGCUUCCUACGGCCAUGGCUACGGCCACUAGCCACCUAAAUAUUACUACUUUAUGUUUACGACACAAUACUCUCUAGUUAUGUUCAUUUGUUUAUAUCGUUCAUUAGGUUAAGGACGGGGUCAGGGUAUGCAAGCACAGGGUUAAGAACGGAGCUUUCGAAUUUUGAAUUUCGAGUGAAAUUGUUUUGAACUUCGAAUUAUUUAAGUACUCUUUUGUUUUGGAUUUAGACAUGUUUAGUUUUUAUUUGGAAUGAUUAAAAAUAAGGUUUUUAAUUGUGACAUGUUUGAUUUUUAAAAUGAAUUGCUACAAAAAGGGUGUGAUUAUGAUAAAUAUUUGUGUGGGAGGAUUAUUUGAGUAAUAAGAGUUUGUGGAUAUUUAUUCACAUGUGUGAAUAACUUGCCAUUGUAUAUGAAGCAUCUGAAGUACAAUUAUCGAUAUAUUUAUGUAUUUAAAUCGCUUUAAAUGCUUUCAUCAUAGAAUUUAGACAUCACCUAUAAUUUAUUUAUAAAUAAAUAAAUGAGUCUUUUGUACCAUUCAUAAUAUUGUGUUUAAGUUUUUACUAGAUAUAGAUCGCGUUUCUAAAACUUUUCAUUUCAGUUUCAUUUGCCAUGAUCUCAAUAUUUUGACAUUGUAUUUUGUUUUUUUACUAAAAAUCUGUCAAAAAUGUUUUCAAACUAAUAAAAUG